AAAAACCCGGAUUCCUCUGGGCACUGCGACUUCAAGGGAGAAGGAGAAGGAGUAGGAGAGGGGAGAGGGAGGGAGAGCUACCAACCGAACAGUGGAGAUGGAAGCUCAGCUGAGCAGCAACAUGAGGAAGGCUCUGCUGGUUCUGAAUUGUGUCAUUCUCUCAAUUGGAAACUGCGGUGGUCCCUUGGUGAUGCGCCUGUAUUUCGUCCGUGGCGGCGAGAGAAUAUGGUUUUCCAGUUGGUUGGAAACGGCUGGGUGGCCCUUGAUCCUAGUCCCUCUCAUCAUCACUUACAUGCACCGCCGAACCAAGCAAGGCUCCCAUGCCAAGCUCUUCUUCAUGAAACCUCCUCUGUUCGUGGCCUCCGCUGUUAUCGGUGUCCUCACCGGCUUCGAUGACUACCUCUACGCCUAUGGCGUAGCAAAACUGCCCGUUUCAACAUCUGCUCUCAUUAUCGCAAGCCAGCUCGCUUUCACAGCAGCCUUCGCGUUCCUCUUGGUGAAACAAAAGUUCACCUCAUACUCCGUAAAUGCCAUAUUUCUGUUGAGUAUCGGUGCCGGUGUCUUGGCUCUACACACUAGCUCCGACCGCCCUGCUAAUGAGUCCAACAAAGAAUAUUACCUCGGGUUUGUCAUGACACUUGCAGCUGCAGCGCUCUAUGGUUUCAUUCUCCCCUUGGUUGAAUUAACCUACAAGAAAGCAAAGCAGGCAAUAACCUACUCACUGGUCAUGGAGAUUCAAAUGGUGAUGUGCUUCUUCGCCACCGUCUUUUGCACAGUGGGGAUGCUGGUUAAUAAUGACUUUCAGGCAAUUUCCAGAGAAGCAAAAGAAUACGAGCUUGGAGAAUCUAAAUAUUAUCUGGUGGUGGUAUGGAAUGGGAUCAUAUGGCAGUGUUUCUUCUUAGGAGCAAUAGGAGUCAUCUUUAGCGCUUCAUCUUUGGUAUGCGGUAUUGUGAUUACUGUCCUACUCCCCGUGACAGAGAUCUUGGCUGUUAUUUUCUUCCGAGAAAAAUUUCAAGCAGAGAAGGGGGUUUCACUGGCUCUCUCUCUGUGGGGCUUUGUUUCCUACUUCUACGGAGAGAUAAAGGAUAGCAAGAAAAAGAAGAAUCCCACUCCGGAGACGGAGCUGCCUCAAACGGUCAAUCCAUGACAAACAAAUGUCUUUCUUUUUCCCCGGAAGGCAAGGGACAGGAUUAGCACAUGCUUAUUUACCAGGUAAUUUAAAGAAAUACUUCGUCCGUAUGUUAACAGGCAGCUCAGCUGAUUCACCAAAUCUGUGUAAAGGAAAUGCUUGAAUUUGGUUCCUAAAUACAUGCUUGAAUAUUGAAUUUACUUGAAUUCUGCAACCGCUGUGAGCGGAACAUGUUGAAAAGGAGAUCAUUUAGUUGUUCUAUAUAAGAUAAUUUCAAGAAUGACAAGUCUUGUUUUUUUA